CUGAGGUCAACAUCUUAUCUGAACACACUUUGGCUUUGAAGCAGUAUCCACAUCUACAGGUUAACAUCACCAUGUUCCGCUGCGUAACAUCUGAUCUGGCAGUGCUUAUGCUGCCUAUGGUUCUGUUGGUGUUGUUAAUGCCUAUUAGCUGGAGUUUUCGAGCCCUGAGCCCUGGCUGCCACCUUUACCCAUUCAACGUGACCAUACGGACAGACAAGCGAGGGACCUGUCGAGGAACUCAGCUGGUGUACGCUUGCGUGGGCUACUGUGAGUCCAGCGCUUUCCCCUCGCGCUACUCUGUGCUGCUGGCCUCCAACUUCACCCGCAACAUAACGUCUGCUUCCCGCUGCUGCACGAUUAGCAAGGAUGCCAAGAUCAAAGUUCGUCUGCACUGUCCUCGAGGCCGUCAUCAUGAUAUGGAGAUCUUGACUGCGCGCGCCUGUCGGUGCAACAUGUGCCACAGAUCCCGUUACUGAGAUCCUACAUAAAGAACGUGUCACUCAUGCAGUACUGGACAAGACUGGUGUGUAA